GAGCUGGAGGCGAUGAAGGCGCGGCUGGCAGACAUGGAGAAGGAGGCUGCCAAGCUCAAAGAGAUGCAGGACAAGGCACAGAAGGAGGCCGGCAUAGCACCCGGUGGCCCCUCUGUCGACGCGGCAGCCAAGGAGGAGGCGGACAGCAGAUCAGUGUACGUCGGCAACGUGGACUACAGCUGCACCCCCGAGGAGCUCCAGAUGCACUUCCAGUCCUGCGGCACCGUCAACCGCGUCACCAUCCUCACCGACAAGAUGGGUAACCCCAAGGGCUUUGCCUACAUCGAGUUUCUGGAGGCGGACGCGGUCACCAAUGCCUGCCUGCUGGACGGCUCCGAGCUGCGCAACCGCGCCAUCAAGGUGUCCCCCAAGCGCACCAACGUGCCGGGCAUGAAG